UGCUGACAAGUCUGACUCAGACAGGUCCCAGCUCACUCGGGAACGGUAUGAUAGACGCUACUCUCUGCAAAGGUGGCAUAUUUAUUAGAUUCCUUUCGUGAAGGUGAACAAUGCAGGCAGAAGCAUCGAAUUCAAGAAAAGGCCGAGGCCGUGGACGAGGCAGAGGCAGUGGUGGUAACCAGGGCGGAGGACAUGCUCAGCCGGGUGGACACAGGCCGCAGCCACGGGAGGAGACAGCGCAUGUGCCACGCACGCCACCCCAACCUAAAUAUGCUACUCCCGAAACACCUCCGCCUACUCCACCCGACGGAGCAAUGCAGCAUAACACCAGCCUGCAACCUGCAGGUCUUGCACCCAUGGCCAGAUGCAGUGGGGAUGGAUCACCAGAAAGUGUGGCUCUAGAACUAGCUGGCUUGAGUUUUGAACAGCGUUCUGUUAACUCGAAAUUUCCCCGUCGUCCUGAUUAUGGGAGGAAUGGAGUGGCCAUCCAGCUAGUGGCAAAUCACUUUGAAGUGUCUCUGCCUAGCGGAAACAUUUUCCACUACGACGUUGACAUAAGCGUUCGCAAACAAGAAGGCACACAGUCCGUUGUGUCAAAGGAUUGCAAGCGUCGUGUAUUCAUCCUUCUUGUGGAGCAACAUGCCAAGCAUUUAAAUGGAAAUUUGCCAGUGUUUGAUGGGCAGAAAAACAUGUACACUAAAAAUUCCCUUGGCUUUAAGAAGCAGUCAUUCACUGUUGUUAUGGAAGAAGAAGGUGGUGCAAGACGAGAUGAGUUUGUGGUACAGAUACAGUUUGCCGCACAACUAGACCUCAGUCUUAUGAGGCAGCUUUACAAUGGUAAAUCAAGGACGCCAGAAGUGCCAAAGGCUGUUGUACAGGCUUUAGAAAUUAUCCUCCGGUAUGGUCCGUCCACACGUCUUUCAGUUGUGGGUAGGUCUCUCUUCAGGCCACCUCGAGGCGAUGCCUCUCUCAGUGGUGGUCUUGAGCUGUGGCAUGGCUUCCAGACUAGCCUAAGACCUGGACAGUGGAAACCAUUUGUGAAUGUUAACACAAUGGUUACUGCCUUUUUUGAGCCAGGGCCACUGGUGUCCCUUAUGGGCAAGAUUCUGGGUGAUCGGAGAGGUGACCUAAAUAUGGACCAAGUUCAAAAACUAGACAAUUCCCAGAUUUUGAGGUUAAACAAGAAGCUGAAAAAGUUGAAAGUUCAAGCGACCCACUUGCCUUACCGCCGCAGAUAUGUCAUUGAAAAGGUGACUGCCGGCUCAGCAAAUGAUCUCACUUUUGGCGAUCCUCCUCAGACUGUUGCUGCCUACUUCAAGAGUACGUACCGGGAGUUGCGGUACCCAAACCUUCCAUGCGUUGAGGUUGGUUCCAAGAGAAACUACAUUCCCGUGGAAGUUUGCGAGGUCAUGGCCGGCCAACACUGCAAACGCAAGCUGGAUGAGAACCAAACCAGUGCUGUCGUCAGAAAAGCAGCCGUGCCUCCACAAGAGAGGUUUCGUAACAUUCAAGAUGAUGUCCGAGGCUGCAUUGCUGCAAAUAAGCAGUACUUGGACCACUUUGGCAUCCGCAUGAGUGAUAAGCCAUUGCAACUAACAGCCAGGGUGCUGCCUGCACCUAAUGUAGUCUACAGAGAUGAUAACCUGGCUCAUCCAAACGAUGGUGCAUGGGAGCUCACGGGCAUGCAGUUCCUACAGCCUGUCAGCAUGACUGUCUGGACUAUAGUGAACACUUGCAACCCACGCUUCUGUCCCGAGGCUGCAAUACAGAACUUUGUGUCCAUGCUGAUGCAAAAUGGCAAGCAGCUAGGCAUGAAUAUUGCACCACCAGCUAAGGUGACUAACUGCAGGCCCAGUGACGACCCUAAACGGGUGCUUUGCGAGCAGAAGCGGCAAUUUAAAGAUAUUCAGAUAGUUUUCUUUGUUCUCGCUGGCAGUGGAAGAAACUCUCCAUUUUACAGUCCUCUGAAAAAUGUUGCUGAAACUGAUCUUGGCAUGGUAACUCAGUGUGUGACAGAUCAAAGUAUCCUAAAGAAAUGCAACCGUGCAACCAUUGUCAACAUCCUUCAGAAGGUCAAUGCAAAACUUGGCGGCAUCAACAAUGCCAUUCCAAAGGAAGUGAAGGCCAUAGUCUUCAACCGACCAGUCAUUGUAAUGGGGGCAGACGUCACCCACCCAGCACCAACAGAAAUGAACAAACCUUCCAUUGCAGCUGUUGUUGCCAGUAUGGACCGUUUUGCGUUCCGCUACAUUGCUACUUUUCGCAUACAGAAGCAGAACACAGUGGCAAAGGCACGUAUCGAAAUCAUUGAAGAUAUGAAGAAUAUUGCAAAGAGCCUUCUGCUCAGCUUCUACCAGGUCAACAAUGUCAAGCCAGAGAAAAUAAUCUUCUAUCGAGAUGGAGUCAGUGAGGGGCAGUUCAGCCAUGUACAACAGUUUGAACUUGCCGCCCUGCGAGACGCGUGCAGGGAGCUGGAGCUUGGCUAUGAGCCGGGCAUCACCUUUCUCACUGUGCAGAAAAGACACCAUACUCGCUUCAUGCCACGGAACAGGAGUGAUGGUAGGGGCAAGUCUGGCAAUGUGCCUCCGGGCACAGUCGUCGACACAGACGUCACCCACCCUGUCGACUUUGACUUUUUUCUCUGUUCGCACUUUGGUAUCCAGGGCACCAGCCGCCCUGCCCACUACUACGUGCUGUGGGAUGACAAUGAUUUCAAAGCGGACACGCUUCAGCAGCUCACGUACGGCCUCUGUCACACGUACGCCCGUUGCUCCCGGUCGGUGUCCAUUCCCACGCCGGUCUACUACGCCCACCAUGCAACAAAACGGGCCAAGUGCUACGUGGAUGCUCGCACUGAUGGCUCGGAUUCUGGCAGCAGCUCUGGUGGGACCAUGCUCCCAACGUCAGUUCUGGAUGAUGCUGUUAAGAUAUCAACGCUGAUGGAGAAGAAAAUGUUUUUCAUAUGAGCCCGGUCAAGCCACACUGUGGCUGCCAUGCUAUUACUUGGCACGGUGGCACCUUUGGCAAUCUUUGAGCAUCUUUUUUUGUUGAUAUUUACGAGCGAGUGUUACUUCAGUGUUCCUGCGCGUUUGUUUUGGCAGCCGUUGUUCAAAGAUGCAAAGGCUGCUUUACGCUAGCCAUUCCUUUCUGCUGUAGCAUUGAUCUCAUGUUCAGCGAAUGUCUACUUUAGGUUGUGGCCACAAUUUCACGAUGCUACUGCUGCUUGGUGUAAUCGUCACCUUGAUCCAAGUGUAUUGUUCAUGUUCCUCUGAAUGCCUUUGUCCUAGUGUGAUGGGCACUAGAGCCUCAUUUGUUAGGCCUGCAUUUUAAAGGUGCUUUGAGCAGCUGUUCGUAUUAUCUAUGUUUAUCAAGCGCAGCAAGAAUAUUUUAACCGAAUGAAAUUCCUAGAAUAUUUUGUAAAGCAUAUAGGCUUUUAAUUCGGCAGCGCAUAGAUCUGAAUAGUGUGUACGGUAACCAAUUUUUCACGACCUCUUUUGUUGUAAAACAUAUUCCUCCUUUCCCCCUUCCUUUUGUUUUGUUACUGUUUACACUGCCUACUUUUUUACUCUGUGAUAACUACGUAAUGUACCUGCGCUGAUUGCAAUAAAGUUUGAUAAUUGAACCAAA